CGUGAGCUCUCUGGGGGACGCGAACUUUCGUGCGUAAAGCGGGAGAACCAGCAGCAGAGGCGCUGCGAUUCCAGUCACCCACCGAAGGCGGCGCGUGAGCUGGAGCUGAAGGGGAGGGGAGGGAAAGAAGAAAAAAAAAAAAAAAAACUCCACGGACAUCCUGGUCUGUACCACUUGAAGGAAAAGCCGGAGUGGAGGGAGGCGAAGCCAAGAGGCAGCUAAACCGGAGGAUUGGCGGUUUCUCGGGAGUUUCCAGGCAGAGGCGGGCAAGAAGCAGGGACCGCAACGGCUUGGUCGCUCGAAAACCAACGGCAGAAUUAAGUGAUUGUAACCCCAAAGGUUUAGAAGACUUUUGGAAGACUAAAUCUUGUUUCUACAAGAUCAGAACUGAAUUAAAUGGCUGAUAAACAGAUUAGGAUUUAAACUGUGACAACCACUUAAAUACUGGAUUGAUUUGUGAUGUCACAAUAAUAAAGGAUGCUCAGUUUACCUGCCAAGCUGAUCAAUGGAGGCAUAGCUGGGCUCAUUGGGGUCACCUGUGUGUUUCCUAUUGACUUGGCAAAAACACGUUUACAGAACCAACAGAAUGGCUACAGGAUGUACACCAGUAUGUCUGACUGCCUUAUUAAAACAAUCCGAUCUGAAGGAUAUUUUGGGAUGUACAGAGGGGCUGCAGUGAAUCUAACACUUGUGACUCCAGAAAAAGCCAUCAAGUUAGCUGCCAAUGAUUUCUUUAGGUACCACCUUGCCAAAGAUGGGGGCAAGUUGACGCUGCCGAAAGAGAUGCUGGCUGGUUGUGGGGCAGGGACCUGCCAGGUGAUUGUCACUACACCCAUGGAGAUGCUCAAAAUCCAGCUACAAGAUGCAGGCCGAAUUGCUGCUCAGAAGAAGUCCAUGAUAGGACAAGCUCAGCUCAGCCCGUCAUCCACUGGCACUGGAGCUGCAGAGUCGGUGGUAGAGACGCGAAUGACAGCGAUGCAAAUCACAAGAGAUUUGCUUCGGAGCAAAGGCAUUGCAGGACUGUAUAAAGGACUUGGAGCCACGUUGCUCAGGGACGUCCCAUUUUCCAUUGUUUAUUUUCCACUGUUCGCCAACCUAAAUAAAUUGGGUCAGAAGAGCCCUGAUGUCAAGGCUCCAUUCUAUGUCUCCUUCCUGUCUGGAUGCGCAGCAGGCAGCACAGCAGCCGUAGCUGUCAAUCCUUGUGAUGUAAUCAAGACAAGACUUCAGUCCUUGCAGAGAGGAGUCAAUGAGGACACAUAUUCAGGGAUAAUAGACUGUGCCAGGAAAAUCUGGCGUAAUGAGGGUCCCUUGGCCUUUUUUAAGGGGGCAUAUUGCAGAGCCUUGGUCAUUGCCCCACUCUUUGGUAUUGCACAAGUUGUCUAUUUCAUCGGCAUUGCUGAAUUCAUCCUCGACAUGUUUCCACGGCAUCGGGAUUAACCUCUCACCCUUCUUCUCAUCCAAUUGGAAUUCAUCAUAGUAUUUUUGUCAUUGUGAUGUCAGAGCAACGGCACAAAGGGUUUCAAGCAGUAAUAGUGGGAAUGAAUGUUGUCUCUAAAGUUAUUUUUCCUCAUAUCAACAUGGCCCUGAGGAGGGAUACCUAAAUAGUCAUAUCUGUUUUUUAAUUAUCAAUUUUAAAGACACUGCUUAACACAGACUGUCUGACUGGCCUGCUGUUCCUCUUGUCUAGUGGAAGAUGAGCCCCCUCUCCCCUUUUCUGGAAUUGCCAACAACUCAAGAAGGAGCAAAAGAACAGGACGUGUUUCCAUGCCUCUAUUCUUGGGGUUAGGUCUCUGGAGAAAAGAAUCAAUUGGUACCCAAUAAAAGGGAGGUCAGUUUGACCCAGGCAAUUACUGAGAUCAAAAUAUUUGUUUUUAGAUGAGUCUCCUAAACAUCCCUUCUCCAAAUUAGCUGGACUUAAUGAACUUUUGAAUAUUAAGAGAGGGCAAAGGGAAAGCUGCAUCUUAAUGUUUUGAUUUUAUGAAAAGAUCACCAUAAUAGGCCCAUGUGGGAAAAUGUACUCAGGACAACUGUGCAUUUGCCCUCUGAAACCUCAACUUUUGGAAAUGUCCAGGGUCAUGAAUGUGAGCCAUGACAGUUGGGGGAAACCAAAUUACUUUGAAUUUUUUUAAAAAAAGAAUAUGCUGGAUAAAACUCUAGUCUAAUAACAUAAAUACUCCUCUGUUUCAGCCUGAGAUGCUGCUCUCCAUGCUACUUUUCACCCCAUCCUGGUUUCACAUGUCUCUGUCUUUUAAUCAGUGUAUAGAAUGUGUUUAUUGCGCCCUUAUUUUUGUUUGGGAUCAUAGCAAGACCAAAGGCAACUGAACUCUCUUGUGGCUGGUCAGUGCUAUAAAAAAGCUGGGGAACAGAGCAUGAGGGAGGAAAACCUUGUAUGUUUCUUUAGACACACCAAAGUCAAAGAAGUUUAACCUAUAUACCAGCAGAUUAUCAUUUUUUCCCCUGAACAACAAAUUGCAUUUUUGAGAUGCCAGUUUUUAUUUUAAAGGGGAAGUUUGUGUAUUUAUUAUUUUCAUAAAAGUCAACCAUGCAUAUAUGUUCUCAUUUUAAGCUGGUUUUCUGUUGUUUUUCCCUUACAUUUGCUGUUUCAGUGGAAAAAGCCAUUCCGUUAUUGGCUGUUUCUUUCUUUUUUUGUUCUUGGCUUUGGUUAGUUCAGUCAGCUGCUUUUCUUUGAAUAUCCUUUUUGAAUAUCAAACAUUGGGAGAUAAAUUUUUUUAAAAAGAUUUAUCUUCAAAAAUUACAACACUUUUAGGGGACAGAAGAUCCAAUGUUUGGCAUGUUUUGCUUGCAUUUUAGACUUCUUGUCUCUGUAGAUUGCUUUAGUUGCUAGUAUCUUCAUUCCCUAUAAAAACAAUUUUUAUACAUAGUUGUCUUCUCUAUUCAGAAAUGUUCUUGGAUUCCAAAUCUGAAUGUUUACUAUGUUCACGUUCCUUAUGAGAUCUUUUGAAUGAUAAGGAUUUUUUUUUAAUGUGUCAUUAAUUUUUCUACUUGCUCUUUCAAAUUUAAUGUAAAACCAUGUCUGUUUUGGAAAAUUAGUUGUAGGGUUGGAGAUGGUCAAAAUAACUGUGGGGCAGGUAAGACUGGUUUAGAAUAGAAGCUAUAUUUAAUAAUUUGUUUCAUGAGACACAGAUUUUUCUUGAAAUCCUUUUAUAAGCAUUUAAUCAUGAUUUAAAACUUCUUUUGCAACAUUUCUUUCACCCAGCUAAUCUGACAUCACUUCAAAAAAAAGAACGCCUUAAGAUUUCAUUGUUAAACCAAGAAAUAUAAUGGCACAUAAUAUUUGAAUUCACUGCAACGAUAUAUUUUGAUAUUUUUGAAACAAAUUAAGCAAAAUUGUGGGUUUUUAGGAAGCACAAAAUUAGGAUUAGUUGAUGCACUUUAAUAAGUAAAGUUUAGAUCCUUAUUUUAAUUAACAUUUAGUUAGAUGAAGACUUUAAAAAUAUGACUGUCAUUUUUUAAAAAAAAGAACCAAAUGUUUAAUGUCCUCUACAAUAGUGUCUACAAGAUUAAUGGUCUGAGAUUCUAUUUUAAUUUCAAGUAAACUUUUGCUUGGGUGAAAGCAUGGAUAAAGAAAAUUAUUUAUACCUCAACUAUGUCCAGAUUAAUAAAAUUGCCACUAGAUUGCAGCUGCAUGCUGUAUCAGGCAGAUUUCCUGCUGAUUGUGGGUCAGCAAUACUGCUGGAAAAGGAGAAAAAGCAGUAUUUUGGGGCAAGGAAAACUUUACCAUGCUCCAGAUACAGUAAAAUAAGGUGUCACUAUUUCACAGGCCUUCAUAUUAUCUAGCAAUGUAACACCUAAUGCUAAUAUUUUAAAGGCAUGCUUAUGCUGCAGAGACAAUCUAAUUGGUGUGUAAUUAAUGUUUGUCUGAAUGCUUGUCAGGGGCUUGUGGCUCUGUGGAGCCAUAGUUAGCUGGGUUCUUUUCUUGUAGGGAAAUUGUGAAUCACUGCGAUAUUGACAGUCUCUUAGGUUUCUUGAUUUCCAAAGGUUUACUUGCAAGUGCUCACUUUAAAAAGAAACCCUCACAAUGUGACUUCAAGCAUAUUUUAAGUUGUAGAAGUUUUUCGUCUUGUUUUAACAGAUUUGAGUUUUUCUACUUAAGGUGCAAGAGCUUUGACAGGCCUCUUGCAGCCUAUGGUGACUUUUGCACAUUCCAUGUAACACAGUUAUAUUUAGGAUAAUCUUGAUAAAGCAAAAAGAUUGAACUGACAAUGAAUUGCUUGUAUUGUUUUUAAGUAUGUGAUUGAACUGCUAGGUGAACUGCUCCUUAUUUUUAUACAGUGAGCUUCCCAUUGCUUUUCUUUAUCAGUCUGUAUUUCAAUCUUUGCAUGAAAGCACAGGAACUUGUUGGCAAGUAAAAACUCUCUUAAUUGCAUGUUUGGAAGAAGAUGUGCUGGAGGUGAGCAUCUAAAAAUGGCCCACUUGGUACAGUAGGUCUGGGGACUGCCUUAGAAGAAAACUGUGAAGGUCCUGCCUCUAGCAAUAUCCAUCUAGAGUUUGGAUGGUGAUGAUCAUUAGGAAGGGAAGUUGAGAACUGAUGUAUAUUAAACUGAGGUGGAAUAGAAGUUAAUGGUGUUGGGUUUUUAAUAGAAUCAUGUGGAUGUCAUUUUGAACUUUUUCUGCUUUUACUUUGGACAUACUAUGGAAGACAAUGCGUACAACAUAAAAUGCAUAUAACAUUCUGGUCUACAUAAACUUGUUAGCUAAUAAAUGAUAUCACAUUUUAUAUUGUUCCCCACCAGUGUAACAUCAAUAUAAAGCUCAAUCCGAGGUCUAAUCAUGUGCUGGUUAGUUGUUGUCAUUUUUUAAAUUGUCUCUGACCCCAUUUUUGUCUGUACUCACAGGGUACAAGCAGGUUAACAGGUAACAUGUCUUAGCCACUGCGUGCUAACUGAGAAGCAACAAAUUUUCAGGAGUACGUUUCAUUUACUAAAUACAGAUUAAGUAUUCUAGGUCUUGUGCACAAGAGCUCAGAAAGGACUCUGGUUGAUUAAAUAAUAGUAUCAUGAUUAAACAUGAUAAUAGCAAAUAUCGGCUAUUUGCUGAUCCCUUCUCAAGUUCUAAAAAUAUAAUGCUAUUUAAUUAAAAUGGGUAUUGUGGAUUAAACAUAAUUUAAAAAGCUGAUGGGGUGGGUGGGUGCCCAGAAGAGAUUUGAAGGCUGCAAUAAUUUUCCUCCAGGAAAAAUGUCCCCUUUUGUUACAAUCCUCUAACUUCAAAUCUCUUCUCUGAAUGCAAAUCUGACAUUAACUGCCAUUAUUAAUAUCUUAACAAAUCUCAGUUUAAGCCUGGUUCUAUGGGGGAAUAUAGUGGGGGACAUUAACAGGGAAAGGGCAUCACAGAGUGACUUUUGUAUCCUUCUUCUGAAUAAAGCCUAUUUCAUGAAUGUUACCACCCAGAUACUCAUUUAAGGGAAUUCAUUUUGUUAGUACUUCAAAAUAUUUUAAACUAAAACUAGAGAUAGACUCUCCUGUAAAUUAUUAUGUAAGCUAAAAUGAACAUACAUUCUUUACUCUGUGAGCUUCUACUGAAAUCUUUUGCAUUAGGAAAGUUUAAUGCUGAAGAUAACAAAAUAGUAAAAUUUGAUUCUACACUUUCCAUCUAUCAAGAAUUACUUUUUGCCACAAAAUAUUAUUAAGCAGCAUUUAAAUACAGAUAAAACCAUCUUAUAAACAAAGCAAAUUAAUAAAUACAAUCAAAACCCUUUUGUGUCAGGUUUUCUUCUCAUAUGCACUUUGUCCUCUGGAUUUUUAAAAGCAAUUGGAUUCUGUGAAAAUUACAAUGGUUUGUAAUUAAUGAUGACAAUAUAACUGUAGAACUUGGGAAAAAUAAAUCAUUAGCAGAUUCAUUUAAUUAGGCAUGAUUCUGAUUCACAGAAAUCAGUGAACUUUUAUUGAGUAACACCAACAGAAGAAAAUAUCUUACAUAUGGAUAGUUUCUGUACUUUAAAUAAUUCUUGGUUAUUGAUGUUGGUUCAGUGGUGGUUGCUACCGGUUUGCCCUGGAUCAGGCAAACCGGUAGCGGCGGUGGUGGGAGGCUCCACCCACCCACUCAGACGCUUCUGCGCACUAGCGAACCGGUAGCAAACUAAAUUGAAACCCACUACAGUAUUGGUUAUAUAAAGAGCUAUUUUUCAUAGAAUCUGUUAUUCCUUUUUGAAAAGUUAUUUUCAGAAGACUUAUCUGUAGAGCAUAUUCCUAACCAUUAACCAAAUCUACCUCUUUUUUUUGACAGAAAUUGUCCCAAACCAGGCCAAGACAUUUAUAAUACAAUCCUGUAAAUCUCUAACUGGAAUUAUUUCUGAAUUUAAAACUAAAAGUAUCUCAUGCUUCAAAUAUAUGUUUAUUAAAUGAUACAUUUGCUGAUUGUCUUUUCUGAAAACUUGGGCCUUGCUUUAACAUGAUUUUUUGAAAUUAGGAAACAGUUCUAGCUUUUAUUCCUCUCAGAAAUACGUAGUAGCUCCUAUAUGUAACAUUCUGUCAAAAGUCUUAUCAGUGAAGGUCAGAUUUUAGACCAUAUUUUAAAAGUAUAAUUUGUAAAGCUAGUAGAUACACUGUAUUACAGCCGAGUAGGAUCUUUUUCAUGUGCAGCUUUGUCUUCCCACCAUGUUAGAUGGGAAAAUAUUUUAAUACUCUCAUAUCCUCCUUUGAAAGUGGUUAUGGUUCUGCCAUCAAGAAGAGAGAGUAUUGGUCCAGAGCAACCUGGAUCUACAGGGUAGGAUAUAAGCACUGGAUAAACAAAUGAGGAAAUGGAGGAUGAUUCCUGCUUUGAGCUAAAGAGCCUAUAGAUGUAGCAAACUUCUACAGAGAUGCUAAUACUCUAGGAUAUAUGUGCAGAACUUUGGACAGAGGAUAGCUUUGACCUUCAAAGGUUAUGCCAUGGGGCAGAAUGAAAAUAGGAGUUCAGUAAUGGGAGGAAGAAAGUAAAGAAUUGGAAAGCCCAUAGGAACCAGUGGACAAAGAGUUCCAGCUCACUUUCUCUGUUUCAAAAUUAAUAAAUAAUGGAGUACAUUUGUUUCUGAGUUGACUUGAAAAACUGCCUGAAUGUUUUGCUAUUAAAUCCAUCUGUUAUUGUAAAAUCAGUACAGUUCAUUGAUUCCUCCCACCAUCAGAUCUUCUGUUGCUAUAAUUUAUAAAUUAGAUUCUGGGUAGACCUGAUACUUCCCCCCCCCCCACACCCAUCAAAAUUUCUGAUAUAAAACCAGAUGUAAUGUUAAUUAGGAAAUGCAAAUUCCCCCUGAUCAAAUUCUGUGCCAUCUCCAUCUCUGUUCAUCCAUUAAAUGAAUUUUAUCAAUUGUUUUUCUAUUAUGGUUUCUUUGAAUUUGGGUGUCUGCAUGCAUUGGAAGUACCUGCCAUUCAGACUUAGUUACCUAGAAAAAAAGCGAAUCAGAAGAAGGAAUAUCACAUUUAGGUACACCCAGAGGAUAACAAUAUCUCUGGGAUCAAUAUUAAUAAAGGAGCAUGAUGAAAAGACAGUGGUAUUGGUAACAUCUAGAUCAAGGAAGGAGGUAAUUUAAACAAGCUCGCUGCUGAUUUGAACCAAGCUAACAAGGCUAAAAGAGACAGUAAUAAAAUGAGGAAUUUAAAACCUUGUUUAAUCUGAUGCAAACUAUACAGACAAAAAGGUGGCAUAAAAUAUAGUACAAAUAUUAAAGUUGGCCAUUAAAUGUGUGUUGAUAAUCCUUGCUGCUACACUACUGAAAUUUAACAGUAGUUCCAGAACCACAUAUAAGAUCUUGCUAAGGAGGGGGGUGUUCAGUUUUGGAUCUCUGCUCUAGACAUCGGUGCGAUAUUAACACAAAUAUAUGAUUUCUCUUGUUCCCUUAUUUUCCCAUUAGGGCAGGGCUUGCAAUAGCAUCUGUGGAACCUUAACAUUGAAUAAUGUUUAAACAACAUUACUAAAUUUAGGAAGACUUUGCUACUCAAAGCCUUGCAAGAUUUAGGGUAGUUGAAUGCAACAUUUCAUGCAAGAUACUGGAGUUAUCCUGUGAGAUCUUGGAUAUGAUAAUCAUUGGACUUUGCAGAUAUUUAUCAUUAUUGUAUUACCCUUGUUUAUGCACCAGUGCCUUUGUAUGAAAUAGUGCCUGGAAAAAUUUCCAGUUGAUACACUUCACGAUGCAACUUAACAUUUUGAUGACAUGGCUGCUGAUGGGAAGGUUAAUUUGAAUGUUGUUUUCCAACAUAAUUUAUUGAAAUCUUUGAGAUUUCAGUCAAUAUUUACUAUGAAAUUCACCCUGUUGAGGGAAAAAAUUCAUUUGCUAUUUGUAUUUGAUUUAUAAACGAUGCUAAUUUUUAAGGUGCUAUAAGAUUUCUUGUCACUUUUACUUCUUCAAUACUUUCUAAGAUAGUGCAUUGUGUGGUACUCAGUAGUAAGUCAUUUGCUGCUAUGAAAUGGAUUGUAAUACUUGAUAUGUAUAUUACAGCUCUGUUGUAUAAAUACAAAAAAUAGCUACUUAAGCUAUUAAGAAUCCUGUUAUGUUACUGUGCAGUAGCUUACAAUAUAUUCUUACGACAUGAAAAGGAAGUAAAUAUCUAGUGAUAUUUUUAAAGUAUAAUAAGGUUGCAGUUUUCUAGAAACAUGGAAUCAGUUUGGGAAGAUUAAAAUUUUUAAUUCUCAUUUUUCUGAUGAAACCUGCCAUAUGAGAGUGGGAAUUAAUAUUUUAUAGCUUUGUAUCAUGUCACUGUAACCUUAGAAGGGAAGUCUAAGGCAUUCAACUGCUUGAACCACAGAGCUUGAACAAAAUGACGAAUGGAAUUUACAUUUACAAUUUUUAAAAACUCAUGUUUUGAUCACAUUUUGAUCAUUAGUUGUUGCAAAUCUUUUGGCCAGUGAAUGUGUUUUGAAUAUAAAAUUAAGACAUAUUUGAAGUCAAUCUGAAAAUUUAAAUGGCCUGUUAAAUAUGUGAAUGAUGCUUCAUCAUUAAAGGGGAGAGGCUUCCUUCUUGGAAGAAAAAGGAGAUCUUGAAAAUCAGCUUACUUUUAAUUUUUAAGUAUGGAUUUUCAGUUCCAUCUGCUUCCUGUCAUAGUCUAUUAAGACAACUCAAAGUUAUAGCCUGAUUCAUUGGUAUUUUUUUCAGCCUCUGUUUCCUCUACCUGUCCAAGCAUUGGCAUGGACUGCAAAGCAUUUUUUGUGUUCUGCUCCUUGCCAUCUUUUUUAUGGCAUUGCCAUGUCCUUCCUUGUAGCCCUGAACAGAAUUCCAUUGCUCAAAUAAUCUUCCAAUUGUCUAUAUACUCUAUGUAAUUUACUUGCUGCUUCUCUGACCUUGGAUUUAAGAAAAAAAUAGUGUUGGUAUUUUUUUUUCAUGCACCUCUUCCGAUGUUGCUUGUACCAUAAAUAAAUUUCUAGUCUAGUUCAUAUGAGACAUUUGCUUUAAAAGGGGAGAAAUGGUGAGAUGCAUUGUGCUUUUUUAAAAAAAACCUGAAGGAAAAUCAUACAAUUUUGUAGCUUCUGCAUGUAAUAGACUACAGCAAAUAUCCAUAGCCAUAAAGGAUAUGUGCUUGUGCUAAUCUUUUUUUCUUUAGGAUUUUGCAUAAUCAUUUUUUUAAUAAAACGUAUCUAUUAAAACUUUUUAAAAGAGGGAAAGACUUAGAUUUAAGUCCAUGGCAGAAGACAUAUAAUUUAGCUUUGCUAUAAGAAAUGUUAGUUAAAUGUCAUAAUUUUAGGCCAAAUAUGACUAUAAGAACACUACCUGUCCCAGUUAUAAUCCAUAGCACUUCCCCAGAUAUUCCAGUGAUCUCCUUAAUCCUGUUUAUCUAUGUUGGCUCCCUCUUCUUCUGCUUCCCUCAGCUUUGCCAAGAACAGUUGUUGUUUUUUAUUAUAGUUCGCCAUGUAUUUGAAUCACAUGCCCAGCUCUCAAGUUUCUCCUUCUGAUCAUUGUCUCAAGGGAACAGUCUUUAUUUUCUUUAGAACAGGUUGAAUUGGUUCCCCUUGCUGUCUAGGGUUCUCUCGGUAAUAGACUCCAAAUCCAUAAUUUGAAGGUGUCUAUUUUCUUUACUUUCAGUGCUCAGCUUUAACAGAUAAACAUAUCAUUGGAAAAAACACUGAUGUUCUGAAUUUUAAUGGCAUUAGUGUGUGCUUCUCCUUCAUGAACUUGUUUAAAUUUGUCAUUAGGUUCUUACAAUUAAUUUCUUUUUUACUCUACAGUCUUUAGGUUCUUGAACAAAAGACAAAACUAUCUCCCACUAUCUCAUUCUUCCCAUAAACUAUAAAUUGUCCAAAUAUGCAGAUUGCCAUUACCUUUAUCUUAAUGUUUAACAGUAACCCUGAUUGUUUACUUCCUGUUUGUAAUUUCAUAAUAUUCUCUUCUAUGUCUUCUUUAGUUUCAGCACAACAUGGCAGUGCCUGCCUAUUUUAAAUUUUUACAAAAAGUUUUGAUACCUGUGACCAUCUCUUCUAAUCCUGCUACUUUUAUUAUUUGUUAAACAAAUUCAACAACAGCAUUUUUGUUUUGUCCCUACUCAAAUUAACACCAUUUUCCAAACUCAGUUUUCACAUAAUGAACAUAAUGUAAAUAUAAAACAAAAACAUAAAACGUAAUGAAAAAUA